GUCAUGAAUGGAGUGAUCCCAAAUUGGAACAAGCCCGUACACGAUUCGGCGGAGGAGCACUCGGAGCUCAUGUCGGUGGGUAUCACCUGCGAGAAUUCCGUAUCAACCACGAGCGUGAUCGUCUCAAGCGGAACUCCGGAAUGUUAAACAAAGCGACUGAACCAAUGCUUUUAUGGGUUGUUUGCUUCGGUUCUUAGGGUUGAUUGUUCGGAGACUUGGUUUUGUUAUAGUAGCAUGGGUGGUGUCUAGAUUUGGGUGUGUCUAUACGUGGCUAGUUGUCGAUGAAUGUCGGGAUGGAUUUGAGCGGCCUGGUUGCAGAAGAAUAUUGAGAGUGAGGGAUGGUUUGAGCGGGGCCUGGUUGUAGAGGAACAGUGCGUAAGGAGCGAUGGCAAAAUGGAUUAAGUUGAGCAACAGGGGCUGCGAUAAUUUGUUGCUGCUUGUUGUAGUGCUCCUAGUGGUCUCAUCUCAUGGAGUGCUCAGUCUCCAGGAUAAGAAAUGCGACUCCGAUUACUGCCUCGGAUGUGAAUCUAGUGUGCCGUGCGUCGACGCCACUCGUCUGGCGAAAGAUGUGCGGAAGUUGCCUGACGAGGGGGAGCUGUCGGGUCCGUCCCUGGAUCAGCCGCAUCGGAUUGCCUUCCUAUUCAUUUCGGGAGGUCCGGUGCCUUUCGAGACUCUCUGGAGACGCUUCUUCGCGUUGCAGAAUAAGAAUCGGUACUCUCUCUAUGUAUACGUGGGUUCUAGCGACUAUACAUUCCCCAGCGAUUCGUUGUUCUUCAACAGCGAGGUUCGCAGUCACAGUGCUCCCGGGAAUGUAGGCCUCGCUUUCCGAUGGACACUGGCGGUUGCUCUUCUCGACCAGAACCGCCGCAACACCUGGUUUGUUAACGUUUGCGGGGCCUCCGUCCCACUUCGGAGCUUCAACCAGACUUAUGAUUAUCUCACCAGCAGCCGCCACAGCUUCGUCCAAUCGUUCUCUCCUAUCCGGGGAUUUAGAUUCUGGGACACCCAACCGCAAUUCGACCAGAGUGAGAUUCGGAAAGGCGAGAUUUGGAUGGCGCUGCGACGGAAGCACGCCACUAUAAUCGUCAAGGACCGUGAGACCUUCAUCAAGUUCGCUUCAAAUGCUCGUGAACCUGAGCAUGUUUUCGAGGAUGAGUACUUGCAGACACUGUUGAACUUGCGAGAUCCGAGCGGAAUCACCAACCGCACCGUUAUGUUCGCGGAUUACAGUAACACAGGUGUGUUGCCGAGGGUGUUCCACACGGGCGAUAGUUAUAAUAUGCAGCAAUUCCUGCACGAGAUGGUGACCAUGACGGUCGAUACAACGUAUGGCCUGCAACACUUAAUCGCUGUCGACAACCGUCCUGUGCCCUGCGAGCUCAACGGCAACCCUGGCGUCGUAUGUUUCCUGUUCGGCAGGGUCUUUCACGAGAAUUCCUUGCCUAUGUUGAUAGGGUUGCAGAUUCCCAACAUAUAAUCUCGAUUAGAUCUACGCGUCUGUCGGUACGUCUCGAGGAGCUGGACGACCAUGGCCGAUAAACUAAGAGCAAGAGUGGGUAUGUUACAGAUAUCUGCACAAGUACCGAGGAACGUACAACCAUCCUAUUCAUUAUUUUUUUCUCGGUCAUGAACUUCUCCUGUAGAGGAUUCUCUUCUCUGUGCCUGAUUGCUUCUAUCUCAAGCUUCGGAGGCAAGUAGGCCUAGUAGAAUCUGAUUCCUUUUGCAAGGUGUGACAUGAUUGAUCUAGAUUUCAUUAAACAACAGUUGCAGUGGCGUGUCAUUACAUGAUUGAAAUAGUGCAUAACGGCUGGCUCAACAUUGUGGACUCUGCCCUCUAUCUCCUCAGAAUUUUAUCACAAGGGUGUCUUGGAAGUUCUGCAGGUUUUCUAUUUUUAUAGAAGUUAAAAAAAAAAAUUUAGUGGAUGGAAUUGUCUGCAAACACAAUUUUUUUAAAAUUUAUAUUUAUUUUUUAAAAUUAUUAAUUUUUUAUUUUUA